AUGUUCCAGCGCAUCAAGCGGUCCCUUGGCGUCGAAUCGUCGCCUUCGAGACCGACCCCUUCGACUGCGGGAUACGAGGCUAUAGGCAGGGCAGGGGACGAUGGGGAAGCUGAAGCUGGCGCGCUCCGACCAGCUGGGGCACGACGGGAAACGAGGCAGGAGGGACAGGUGUAUUGGGCUUUCUGGGCUUUGGGGGCUGGUGUACUCUUAUCGUGGAACGUACUGAUCUGCUCGUUCCCUUUGCUCGCGUCCUUCUUCCCCGCCGGGUCGAGCUACCGUACCAACCUCGCGAGCUACCUCAGCUCCGUAUACUGCUUCGGGAACCUCGUCUUCCUCGGCGUAGCCCAGCGCAGCGUAGCUACUACCUCCCCUAUUGCCCGGAUCCAAUGGUCCCUCACCCUCCUCAUCUUCCUCUCCUUCAUCUUCUCCUUCCCCAUCAUCCACUUCAUCCUCCCCCCUCUAUCCUCAUCCCCCGCCCUCCUCCUCUCUCUCCUCAUCGCCAUCUCGGGCGCUCUAUCGCUAUCCACAGCCUACCUCCAAUCUGGCGUCUUUGCGCUCUCUGCCCUCUGGCCACAGAGCGCCUCGUCUGACUCGGGAGCAACACUGGCCGUCAUGUCCGGCCAAGGCGGUAUUGCUGUCCUCGUAUCGGCGACACAGCUCGUCAUUGCCGCUGUCACCGCCCUGAACGGCUCGGGCGGCGGACAGGGGGAAGAAGGAAAGCCAUCAGCAAGAGCCGGGAUUGUACUCUGGAUGCUGGCUUCCGUCGGCGCAUUAGGGUGUAGGCUGGCUCUCAAACACGUGAUGGCCCAACCGGGGUAUCUGGACGUCAUGGCCCAGGUCGGCCAAAGGCAGGAGGAAGGAGCAAGAGGGGAGGGCGAGAAGGUGCGGACGAGGACUGUGCUGAGAAAGAACGCGAAGCUGGAAGUGGCGGUUGCUUGGGUCUUCACGGUUACUUUGUCGGUCUUUCCACCAUUGACCACAGCGAUCGUCUCGACGCAUUAUCCCACGCCAAAACUGCUCCAGCCGGCCGUCUUCAUCCCGUCCCAUUUCCUCAUCUUCAACAUCGGCGACUACCUCGGCCGGACCUACAUACCCCGCCUCCCGAACUGUCUUCCCUCAUCCCAGAACACCGUCCUCGCCCUCUCCUUUUCCCGCACCUUCCUCAUCCCGCUCUUCCUCCUCUGUAACGUCAAUCCGGAUCCCACCUCGCCCGUCCACAGUACACCAUGGAUCAACUCUGACCUGGCCUACUUUACCGUCCUCCUCGUCUUUGGCCUGACGAACGGCUGGAUAUCGUCAUUGUGCAUGAUCCUCGCGUCGAAUCCUGUCCUUAAUCCCAGGAUCCAGGAGGGGGAGAAGGACGUCGCUGGGACAUUGGCGGCGUUUUGUCUGGUCAGCGGGCUGGCAGCGGGGAGUGUGGCGAGUUUUGGGGUCAAUUGGAUCGUACGAGGUAGUUUUGUAUAG